AUUUAAACGCCCACAACACAUUCUCAGCACACACUCCAAUUUUUCGCUGUCUGUGUCUGCAACUUCUAUUCAUCCUUUUUUCUCUCUCUAUAUAUACAUAAACUCUAGAAGAAGUCCUUUCUUCUAGGGUUCAUACAAUCAUUUGUUUUCAUUAUCCUUUUUACUGAAAGUUGAAGUUAUGGAUUUUCAGAACCUUGCUAUCAUCCUUGCUGGUGCUCUAAGUCCCAAUCCGGAUGAACGGAAAGCUGCUGAGAACAGUCUCAAUCAGUUUCAGCAUACCCCACAACAUCUUGUGAGACUGCUGCAAAUCAUAGUAGAUGGGUCUUGCGACAUGGCAGUCCGACAGGUGGCUAGUAUCCAUUUUAAGAACUUCGUUGCAAAGAAUUGGUGCCCUCAUGAUCCUGCUGAGCAAUCAAAAAUUAUGCCAAGUGACAAGGAAUUGGUGAGGCAAAAUAUUCUCAUAUUUAUUGCACAGGUUCCUUCAUUGUUGAGGGUACAGUUGGGGGAAUGCAUUAAGACAAUGAUACAUGCAGACUACCCGGAGCAGUGGCCAACUCUUCUGCCCUGGGUAAAGCAUAAUCUGCAGGAUCAGCAAGUUUAUGGUGCUUUGUUUGUUCUGAGAAUUCUCUCGAGGAAAUAUGAAUUCAAAUCAGAUGAGGAGAGAACACCUGUUUAUCAUGUCGUUGAGGAAACUUUUCCGCAUCUUCUCAACAUAUUCAACAGACUUGUUCAGAUAACAAAUCCGUCAAUUGAAGUAGCCGACCUGAUCAAGCUCAUUUGCAAAAUAUUCUGGUCAUCCAUUUAUUUGGAGAUUCCGAAGCAGUUGUUUGACCCAAAUGUGUUCAAUGCCUGGAUGGUUCUUUUCUUGAAUAUGUUGGAGAGGCCUGUCCCUGUGGAAAGCCAACCAGCUGAUCCAGAGCUAAGGAAGUCGUGGGGAUGGUGGAAGGUGAAAAAGUGGACAAUCCAUAUAUUAAAUCGACUUUACACCCGGUUUGGAGAUUUAAAACUUCAAAAUCCAGACAAUAAGGCUUUUGCUCAAAUGUUUCAGAAGGGUUAUGCUGGCAAAAUCUUGGAAUGCCACCUUAAUCUAUUGAAUGUUAUCCGUGCUGGUGGUUACUUGCCAGAUAGGGUGAUCAACCUCAUUUUGCAAUACCUAAGCAAUAGUAUCUCAAAGAGCAACAUGUACAGCUUGUUGCAACCCAGACUUGAUAUUGUUCUUUUCGAGAUCAUCUUUCCGCUCAUGUGCUUCAGUGAUAAUGAUCAAAAGCUUUGGGAGGAGGAUCCUCAUGAGUAUGUGAGGAAGGGUUAUGAUAUAAUUGAGGACUUAUAUAGUCCCAGAACUGCUGCAAUGGAUUUUGUGAGCGAGUUAGUAAGAAAGCGUGGUAAAGAGAACCUUCACAAAUUUUUAUUCUUCAUUGUCGAGAUUUUUAAGAGAUAUGAAGAGGCAGCCCCAGAAUACAAGCCCUAUAGGCAAAAGGAUGGUGCUCUCCUUGCAAUUGGAGCUCUUUGUGAUAAAUUGAAACAAACUGAGCCGUAUAAAUCAGAGCUUGAACGUAUGCUUGUCCAACAUGUUUUCCCUGAAUUUAGCAGUCCUGCGGGUCAUCUUCGAGCCAAGGCAGCAUGGGUUGCAGGACAGUAUGCCCAUAUAAACUUUGCAGAUCCAAACAACUUCCGCAAUGCAUUACACAGUGUCGUGACUGGAAUGCGUGAUCCUGACCUACCUGUUCGUGUUGAUUCUGUUUUCGCAUUACGCUCGUUUAUUGAAGCCUGCAAAGAUUUGAAUGAAAUCCGACCAAUUCUUCCCCAGCUACUCGAUGAAUUUUUCAAACUGAUGAAUGAAGUCGAGAAUGAAGAUCUUGUGUUUACACUUGAGACUAUUGUGGACAAGUUUGGUGAGGAGAUGGCUCCUUAUGCGCUUGGGUUAUGCCAGAAUUUGGCUGCUGCAUUCUGGAAAUGCAUGAACUCUGCAGAGGCAGAGGAAGAAGCGGAUGAUCCUGGAGCUCUUGCUGCAGUUGGCUGUUUACGAGCCAUAAGCACAAUACUUGAGUCAGUGAGCCGGCUGCCACACCUCUUCAUUCAUAUUGAGCCAACACUCUUGCCAAUAAUGCGUAGGAUGUUGACUACAGAUGGACAAGAGGUCUUUGAAGAGGUUUUGGAGAUAGUUUCAUAUAUGACUUUUUUCUCUCCAACAAUAUCCAUGGAUAUGUGGACUCUUUGGCCCUUGAUGAUGGAGGCACUAGCAGACUGGGCUAUUGACUUCUUUCCAAAUAUACUGGUUCCUUUAGACAACUAUAUAUCCAAGAGUACUGCUCACUUCCUCACUUGCAAGGAUCCGGACUACCAACAAAGCCUUUGGAAUAUGAUAUCAUCUGUUAUGGGAGAUAAAAAUUUGGAGGAUGGUGACAUUGAGUCCGCACCUAAGCUUAUUCAAGUUGUAUUCGAGCAUUGCAAGGGACAGGUGGAUCACUGGGUUGAGCCGUAUAUUAGAGUGUCAAUUGAACGUCUCCGUCGAGCUGAAAAAUCUUAUCUGAAGUGUCUCUUGGUCCAAGUGAUAGCUGAUGCUCUUUACUAUAAUGCGCCCUUGACAUGGAACAUCCUUCAAAAGCUUGGCAUUGCUACAGAGGUGUUUAAUCUCUGGUUUCACAUGUUGGGACAAACAAAAAAGAGCGGAAAACGGGUUAACUUUAAAAGGGAACAUGACAAAAAGGUUUGCUGCUUGGGUUUGACAUCUUUGCUCCCUCUUCCUGUGGAUCAAUUCCCAAGGGAAGCCUUAGAUCGUGUUUUCAAAGCAACUCUAGAUCUGCUUGUUGCCUACAAAGAUCAAGUAGCAGAAGCGGCUAAGGAGGAUGAGGCAGAAGACGAUGAUGAUAUGAAUGGCUUGCAAACUGAUGAGGAUGACGACGAAGAUGACGAGUCUGACAAGGAAAUGGGGGAUGAUGCUGAGGAAGGGGAUGAAGCUGACAGUACUAGGCUUCAAAAAUUGGCUGCACAGGCAAAGGCUUUCCGCUCACAUGACGAGGAUGAUGAUGAUGAGGACUCCGAUGACGAUUUUAGUGAUGAUGAUGAAGAGAUGCAAUCACCCCUUGAUGAGGUGGACCCAUUCAUUUUCUUUGUGGAAACAAUCAAAGCUAUGCAAGCAUCUGAUCCAGUGAAGUUCCAGAGCCUGACCCAGACUUUGGACUUCCGUUAUCAAGCAUUGGCAAAUGGUGUUGCUCAGCAUGCUGAGCAGAGAAGAGUGGAGAUAGAGAAAGAAAAAAUGGAGAAGGCGACAGCAGUAGUUGCUUCAUGAUGUUGGUCAACCGGUUUGCUUUUGGCCAAAACUCAAUGAGUAAUCAUCCCAAUAUGUACCUUGGUUACUGAGGGGCAGAAGAUGAAGUUGCAACUAGGCCUGCUUUUUCUUUUGCUGUGUGGUCUUGAUGAGUCGCUGUGAAGUGGGCUAUUCUAUGUCAGAAGAUGCCUCUUUGCUGGAUGUCAUUGUCUUUUUUUCCCGAGUGUCUUGGUGGAAGUUCAUUUUUAUACAGAUGAAAACGUUAGGAUUAUUCAUUGGUGGCCUUUCUAUUUGGUAUAGGAGGGUUUGGGGGUUGAGAGAUGGUCAUAAAUGCACACAGCAUUUGUCAUGUAUUAUAUUUGUUUGGGUACCAGAUGAUGCAUAUACUGUCUGAAUUGGGUGAAUUACUGCCCUAAAAGUUUUGUAAGCCCCGGUUGUAGUUUAUGUUCAGUAUUUAUACAUCAUUGGUUUAUUUUUGGGUCCAAA